UCAUAUGCCUGGAAUUAAUUGUCUUUAGCCAAAGGGGGCGGACUUUUGCCUUCAGCUCUCCCCCUCCUCACCCUGGUCAGCAUAAAGGCACUUCAGUACAGUGGCAUGGUGACAGCUGAGACACUGGGAAACUAAACUUAGCCAUGAAGGAACUCAUGGCGCAAAAGGAAAAACUCCAAUGCCUAAAGGACUUCCACAAGGAUACACUCAAACCCUCUCCAGGAAAGAGUCCUGGAACACGGCCUGAGGAUGAGGCAGAAGGCAAGGUCCCUCAGAGGGAGAAGUGGUCCAGCAAACUCGACUUUGUCCUGUCUGUGGCUGGGGGCUUCGUUGGAUUAGGAAACGUCUGGAGAUUUCCCUAUCUGUGUUACAAAAACGGAGGAGGUGCUUUUCUGAUUCCAUACUUCAUCUUCCUGUUCGGAGGAGGGCUGCCUGUGUUCUUUCUGGAGGUGGCUCUGGGACAGUACACCUCUGAGGGGGGCAUCACCUGCUGGGCAAAGAUCUGCCCCAUUUUCACUGGUAUAGGCUAUGCAUCCAUUGUGAUCGUCUCCCUUCUGAACAUCUACUACAUAGUUAUCUUGGCCUGGGGCUUGUACUACCUGCUGCAGUGCUUUCAGCCUGAGCUGCCUUGGGCCAAGUGCAAACAGCCCUGGAACACCGAAAACUGUGUCGAGGACACUAUCCGCAAGAACAAGACCUUUUGGCUGGCCACCAACAUGACUAAUUUUACCUCCCCUGUCACCGAGUUCUGGGAGCGAAAUGUGUUGAGCAUUUCCAGUGGGAUUGAGGAUGUUGGGACUCUGAAGUGGGACUUGGCCCUGUGUCUCUUAGCUGUGUGGGUUAUCUGCUUCUUUUGCAUCUGGAAAGGAGUCAAGUCCACUGGGAAAGUUGUUUACUUCACUGCAACAUUCCCAUUUGUGAUGCUGAUUGUACUCCUUGUGCGUGGGGUCACUUUGCCCGGCGCUUCUGAGGGAAUCAAAUUUUACCUUUAUCCUGAUCUGAGCCGGCUGCAGGACCCAGAGGUGUGGAUAGACGCAGGGACGCAGAUCUUCUUCUCGUACGCCAUUUGUUUGGGAGCCAUGACAUCACUGGGAAGCUACAACAAGUACAAAUACAACUGCUACAGGGACUGUUUGCUGCUGGGAGGCCUCAACAGCGGUACCAGCUUUGUGUCUGGCUUCGCAAUAUUUUCCGUCCUGGGAUUCAUGGCACAAGAACAAGGGGUGGACAUUGCCGAUGUGGCAGAGUCAGGUCCUGGUUUGGCUUUUAUUGCGUACCCCAAAGCUGUGACCAUGAUGCCUAUGCCAACGCUGUGGGCCAUUCUGUUCUUUAUCAUGCUGCUGCUCCUGGGCCUCGACAGCCAGUUUGUUGAAGUGGAAGGACAGAUCACCUCGAUAGUGGACUUGUAUCCGUCCUUCCUAAGGAAGGGUUACAGAAGAGAAAUCUUCAUAGCUGUGUUGUGUUUCAUAAGCUAUCUUUUGGGGCUUGCAAUGGUUACAAAGGGUGGCAUGUACGUGUUUCAACUCUUCGACUACUAUGCAGCCAGUGGUGUGUGCCUUUUGUGGGUCGCAUUCUUUGAAUGUAUUGCUGUAGCCUGGGUUUAUGGAGCAGACAAUUUCUACGAUGGUGUAGAGGAUAUGAUUGGCUACAGACCAAACCCGUGGAUGAAGUGGAGUUGGACCAUUAUCACUCCUGUCCUCUGCAUGGGCUGCUUUAUCUUCUCACUGGUCAAGUACAAGCCCCUCACCUAUAAUAAGGUCUACGAGUAUCCCGAUUGGGCCAUUGGUUUGGGGUGGUUUUUGGCCCUCACCUCCAUGAUCUGCAUCCCCCUCGUUAUGGUCAUCAAGAUACUGCAGUCCAAUGGGCCGCUGAUUGAGAGGAUCAAAGCUGUUGCAGCCCCAGCCAAGUCUGGUGUGAGCUCGCGACCCAAAGAGUAUAAUGUGAAGGGUGGCGAGCUGACGCAGCCCCUGAACGCCAACGGGAACAAUGACCUGAUGAAGCCCACCCAAACUGUUGUAGAAACAAUGAUGUGAGCUCUCUGUGAGAGGAAACGUGCUUUCUUUGUUGUGCUUUGAAUAGUUUACUGAUAUAGAUACCUGGUUUGAUUUUUACGAGGGGAGUUGUGUAAUAUUUUUUUUUUUACCAUGUGAAUAUUAUGACAUUUUGAUCUCUGUAGUUGGCACUGAUCGCAUAGUAGGCAGCAUCCUAAUAUAUAUCAUGUUUGUUUACUAUGUUCAUUUAAAGAUCUUUAGUUUUGAGUUUGUUGGAAGAAAAUUUGCACUCACCAGUCCCUUUACUAACAAUAUGAAUGUAGUCACGGCCUAAACUCGAUGUGUUGGCAGUAUUGUUGCCUAUAAUGACUUAUCUCUUCAGUCAGACUUUGUGAGCGCUUUCCAUUUGCAUCAUCCUUAGUGUUAAGAAUCAGCAGCAAAGGGAAAAGUGUACGAUCAGGGAUGUUACUCAAAAGGGAACUUUAGUGUGAUGACUGAAUUGAGCCCCAGUGCAUUUAUCAAAUCUGUCUCUGCAUUUUGUGACUUUGCACUUUUAUGUUUUAUUGCUGCAAAGUAUUGCAUAAUUUGCAAUGCAGUUUAGUUGGACAUAUAUUAGCUCUAAACAUUUUAUUAUGGUAAAGUUUAGUUUCUCACAAUUUAUGAAAUACAUCUUGUAGUUGUUGUACAAUGUGAACAUGAACUUUGACCUCUGAUUUAGUUUGUAGAGUUUGUUUGAACACCACUGGGCUAAAGUUUAAAAUGUUGCCGUCUUCACUGACCUCAGAUUAAUGCAGGAUGUAGUUUCAGUUGUUUUGCUGUACAGAAUUUGUUAACCACAUAUGCCUUUUUGUAACAAUUUUAUACUGUACAUGAGAAAGAAUGCAACAAUUAAUACUUGUAUAGUGCUGAAACUAUUGUUUUAAAUGUUGAAACUAAGUAACCUGGAUUACAUUUUUAGUGUGCAAUGUUCAGUCAA